AUGUUUCAGAUGACAAUUUCGAAGACGCACCCCGUCAACGCGCUCGGGAUCAUCAUGGUGCUGAAGAAGCUUGGCCUGCUCGAAGAAGUGAAGAAAGAUCCAAAUCGCGUAGCAUUGGUUCUUGUCGUCCCGCACGAAAUUGCGGACAGCUACAAGCGACAGGAGAUCGUAUCGGCAGCAGUGAACGGCAGUGAGAGAGUUCUUUCGGUGAGAGGCAUUGGGGUGAAAAGCGCCAAGAAGCUGGCACAACAUGGAAUCACCACAAUUGACGAGCUGAUGAGAGCGAUCGAUACAAAUACUCUACCGGACAAAACGAUAUCAUCUACGGCGUGA